AAAAAAAUAAAAAAAAAAAUAAGUAAAUAAAAUUAAAGUGCAAAAAUGUUUGAUGCUUAUGUGAAAAUUAAGAAAAAGCGUACACUGCAGGAAUUUGAAGAAAGUUUUCUCCAAAAUUUUGAGGAAUCCACUGUUGAUGCCAAUGCAAAUUUAGAUGAAGAUUGUUGCUGUUUGGCGCCAGCUAAAGCAGUCGAAGCUGCAAGCACAACAAGCGGCAACAGCAACCCAACUGAAAAUUGUAGCCGUUUACAAGAAUUAAUAGCAGCACCUUCGCUGUUGCAGCGUCAUCAUGUUGCAGGAGAAUUAUCACCAACAACCCUGAGUUUAACACCUCAGGGCAAUAGCCCACCUACACCACCGCCCUCGACACCACCGACACCUGCCUUAAAUGCAAUGCGGGAACAAGAUUCUCAGCAGCACAUAGCAACCACAUCUCCGUCUUCUUUCUCCUCUUUGUCGUCGUCGUCGUCGUCGUCAUCGUCAUCCUCGUCUACGUGUUCUUUAGCUAAUCAUUUAGCAGCUGCACACCCUCAACAAUUACCAACCCUUUUGCAACAACAAUUGGGUCACCCACAAAAGGAAAGUGGUACAUUGGCUGCAAGAGCAACAGCCUCGACGUCGUCAAAUUCAACUGGGUCUAAUAAUCACAAUACAAAAAGCAGUCGAAAUUUGCAAACUUUGGCACAACAUUUAGCGACACCAUCAACUAAUAACAGCAACAAUAAUGAUAGCAGCACCGCUCGUAAGCCAGAUGCAUUUUUCACGAUUAGCACCACAAGCGCCAGCAACGCUGCAAGCACUAGUAAUUUAGAAAAUGUAUUAAAGCAUUACAGUUCCUCGAGUACUAAUAAUAUGAGUACAAAUACUAACAACGCUAAGGCACCCUCUGCUACUUCUUCUACGCCAACGUUAAGAAGUUUAGUUACAAACUCCCUUAACUCCUCUUCUUCUUCGUCUAAUUGCCCAAUAACACAUAGCAAUAGUAUUAUUGCAAAUAGAUUAAACGCGCCACCAGCAAAUUCCACCUUUAUAUCUCCGGAUCAACAACAUUCCGCUUUGACGAAUACUAUAACGCAGCGUAUUCAUCAAUCCAUACGACGUCAUUUAAAUCAACAACAACAACAACAACAACAACAACAAUAUCAAACUACAGCAACAAGUCAUCAUCAUAGGCCCCAACCGCCAUCCUCCCAGCAUUUUCAUAAUCAUUAUCAACAACAUCAUAAUCAUCAUAAUCAUCAUAAUCAUCAUCGUCAGCAUCAACAUCAACAUUUACAUCAACAGCAUCAUUAUCACAGUCAUCAUCAUCAACAGCAGCAGCAACAACAAUUGCCAAACACCGCGAAUUCUUCAUCGCCUGUAUGCGUAGUAUUAUUGGUUAAGUGUCCCAACUCGAAAGAGUAUUGUAAUGCAGCGGCCACCGCUGCCGCAAUAGCAGCACAAAAUAAUAAUUUAAUACCUCCACCACCAACAAUUUCUCAUCAUCUACCAACAUUACAUUGCUGUGAUAAAAGAUUACCGGUGAACGAAUGUCAGGCAAGCCAAACUGGUAGAGUGACUUCGAAUUUAAACGCUUCAAGCAGUACAAUGGCGGUCAGCCGCGUACCAUCGCCGCCUUUGCCGGAAGUUAAUACGCCAGUGGCUGAAAAUUGGUGUUAUACACAGGUGAAAGUGGUCAAAUUUAGUUAUAUGUGGACCAUAAAUAAUUUUAGUUUUUGUCGCGAGGAAAUGGGCGAAGUUUUAAAAUCCUCCACAUUCUCAGCCGGUGCUAACGAUAAAUUAAAAUGGUGUUUACGCGUCAAUCCGAAAGGUUUAGAUGAGGAAAGCAAAGAUUACUUAUCAUUAUAUUUAUUAUUAGUCUCCUGCAAUAAGUCCGAAGUUAGAGCCAAAUUUAAAUUUAGCAUCCUUAACGCGAAAAGAGAAGAAACCAAAGCCAUGGAAUCACAGAGAGCUUAUCGUUUUGUUCAAGGCAAAGAUUGGGGCUUUAAAAAAUUUAUACGUAGAGAUUUUUUAUUAGAUGAAGCUAAUGGUUUGCUCCCCGAAGAUAAACUAACCAUUUUUUGCGAAGUUAGUGUGGUGGCGGAUAGCGUUAACAUCUCUGGUCAAUCGAAUAUCGUGCAGUUUAAAGUACCCGAUUGCAAGCUAAGCGAAGAUUUAGGCAAUUUAUUCGAUAAUGAGAAAUUUAGCGACGUCACGUUGGCUGUGGGUGGUCGUGAAUUUCAGGCCCAUAAAGCUAUAUUAGCUGCCCGCAGCGAUGUCUUUGCUGCCAUGUUUGAGCACGAAAUGGAGGAACGUAAAUUGAAUCGUGUCGCCAUAACCGAUGUCGAUCAUGAAGUGUUAAAGGAAAUGCUGCGAUUUAUUUAUACGGGCAAAGCACCAAAUUUGGAUAAAAUGGCCGAUGAUUUGCUAGCAGCAGCCGAUAAGUAUGCCUUGGAAAGACUAAAAGUGAUGUGUGAAGAGGCGCUGUGCGUUAACCUUUCGGUAGAAACAGCCGCCGAAACUCUUAUAUUAGCUGAUCUCCAUAGUGCCGAUCAACUGAAAGCACAAACCAUAGAUUUUAUUAAUACUCACGCCACCGAUGUUAUGGAAACACAAGGUUGGCAAAAUAUGAUCACAACGCAUUCACAUUUAAUUGCGGAGGCAUUUCGGGCGCUCGCAACACAACAAAUCCCACCGAUUGGACCACCAAGGAAACGUGUAAAGAUGAGCUGAAAUUUUCGCUGUAGUCUCAUAAGUAAUCAUAAUUUAAACAUAAUUAUAAUGAUAAUUAAAAAUAAUAAUAAUAAUAAUAAUAAUAAUAACUACA